GACUUUACAUCAACGGCAAAGAGAGUUUCUGACGGCAGGUUCGUUGUUAGCUAGGUCACUACGACGGCGGAGUUCCGAGCACUCACACGAAUAACAUAACUCUCAGUACGCGGCUAAACUUCGACCACCAACUACCAACGGCAGAGCUCCUACCGAUUUUCCAUUUUUUUUUUCCCUUUUACUUGGUUUACAAAAUUAUUUUUUCUAUCGUCGUUAAAUUUUAUCCGAACAAGUGAAGUUCAAAGCCCAAGUGAAAUCCGGUAACAAUAAUAAUUGUGGCGAUAAUAAAUUUUUUCAACAAUUUUUUUUUUCAUCAUUUUUGUUUUGUUUCUGUGAGUAACUCAAUGAAAUAAUGAAAAAAGUGAUGUGGGAAAACUUCGGUAUUUAAUUUUAACCAAAUUACUUUUGAUUAAUUAAUUGAUCGAUUAAUCGACAAAAAGUAAUUUUGAAAUAUGUGUUAUUCAAAGACGGAUAGGUGACGCUGAAUCAAGCGAUUUAAAGAGAAGAGAAGUUGGAAUAAAUUUUUUUGUAAAAUAUUUUUGAAAAAAUCAAAACGUGGUCAUAAUUUUUACGGGCAAACAGUGUGUGUGCGUGAUGUUGAUUUUUUUAUAUUCACUUACGGGAAAUGUUGAAAAAAUUUUGAAAAAAAAACACCUCUUUCUCUCUCGUUCUGAUAAUUAUUCUCAAUCCGUGUAGAAAGUUACCUGUUCUUGUGCCGACGGGAAUUGCAAUCAUCACGAUAAAAAAAAUAUAAUAAUAAAAAAAAAAAAACAAUCCAGAUCAGAUCAAUAACUUUGAGAAGAAAUUUACCGAAUCAAAAUUAGUACAAGAUGACUUGCGGUCUCACCUGCGUGGACGAUUUCCUGAACCGUGCGUUUCACCGCAUCGGAUUGAUAGUCGGCCGUCAUCCUGGCUACUUCGUUAUAAUCCCGGUGCUGUUGGCCUGCAUAUGCAUAACCGGUUAUCAACAAAUUCAGUACCAAAUCGACCCGGAGUAUCUGUUCUCGCCGAUAAACGGACCCGGUAAACACGAGCGUGUCAUCGUCGAGAGCUUCUUCAAGGUCAAUUACACGAGCAGAUUCAACGUAGGCCGCAUAACACGACCAGGACGUUUCGGCCACGUGAUCGUCGUCCCGAAGGACGGCGACGGGAACAUGUUGCGCGCGGUCAUAUGGAAGGAACUAUUGCUGCUCGACGGUAUGAUAAGAAACGCCACGUUGGAGUACGAAGGUGAAAGGUUCGCUUACGAGCAAAUUUGCGCCCGAUGGUUGGACCAGUGUUUCAUCAACGAUAUACUGAACCUUCACCACGUUAUCGACGAAGUGGAGAGCCGAGAGUUGAACCUGACGUUUCCGGUGAUGUUCAAUCCGGUAACUUGGGACGCCCACGCGUUCCCGGUUUACUUCGGAGGCAGCGUGAUCAACGACGAUUCCACCAUAGAAACGGUACCCUCCGUUCAACUCGCUUACUUCGUGGCCGCCGACAGCAAACGCCAGGAUGCCAUCGGCGCCCUGUGGGAGGAGGCAUUUCUGGACGUGAUCGGCAAAGCCGAGGAAGACGGGGUCUUCAAGCACAUAAGCACGGCUCGGUUCGCCUCGCGAACCCUCGAGCUGGAGCUGGAGGCUAACACUCGAACGGUGGUCCCUUACUUCUCUAGCACAUUCGCGAUAAUGGCCCUGUUCUCCGUGGUUACGUGCAUGAUGUCCGACUGGGUGAGAAGCAAACCUUGGCUCGGACUGUUGGGAAACAUAUCGGCAGCUAUGGCGACCGUAGCGGCGUUCGGACUCUGCAUGUACCUCGGCAUCGAGUUCAUCGGUAUCAACUUGGCAGCGCCAUUCCUCAUGAUCGGGAUCGGAAUCGACGACACUUUCGUCGUCCUGGCAGCUUGGAGGAGAUCCAACAUUUUGGCACCGGUUCCCGAACGGAUGGCCGAAACUCUCAGCGAAGCGGCGGUCUCGAUAACGAUCACAUCUCUGACGGACAUGAUAUCAUUUUUCAUCGGUAUAAUGUCGCCGUUCCCCUCGGUGCAGAUAUUCUGCAUCUAUUCCGGCUUCGCGGUCAUCUUUACCUUCCUGUUCCAUUUGACGUUCUUCAGCGGGUGCGUCGCCAUAAGCGGUUACUGCGAACAGAAGAAUCUCCACAGCGUCGUGUGCUGCAAGGUCGAACCCCUCUCGAAAUCAGGCCACCGUUCAUGGAUGUACCGAGUAUUCUGCACGGGAGGAGUUGACCCAGCCGAUCCCGACAAUCCUCUGGACAAUCCGGAGCACGGGUGCAUGGUGUGGUUCCGAGACUGUUUGGCGGUGGCCUUGAACCUCCCUCUCGUCAAGGCCUUGGUCAUCGUGAUAUUCGGACUUUACUUGGGCGGCGCACUCUACGGUCUCACAACUCUCAAGGAAGGACUGGACAGGCGCAAAUUGUCCAAGGAAGAUUCUUACUCCGUAGCCUUUUACGACAAGGAGGACUUCUACUUCAGGGAAUUCCCGUACAGGAUUCAGGUGAUCAUAAGCGGCGAGCAGAACUACAGCGAUCCGAUAAUCCAGCAGCAGAUCGAGAACCUGACGAGAUCGUUGGAAGCCUCUUCGUACAUCAGUACACCGAUUUACACGGAGAGUUGGAUCCGCAGUUUCCUGAGUUACGUCACUCGGAAUCAGGAUUAUUUGAACGUCACCAUAGAAACUGAACCAGAUUUCAUCAAGGUACUCAACGACAUUUGGCUAUUUCCUUCCAACCCGUUCUCCCUCGACGUGAAGUUCGACGAUACCGGCGAUAAGAUACUGGCCAGCAGAUUCCUCAUACAAGCGGUGAACAUAAGCGGCACCAACGAGGAAAAAGCGAUGGUCAAAGAGCUACGAAAAAUAUGCCACGAUUCACCCUUGAACGCGAGCGUUUUUCAUCCUUACUUCGUAUUCUUCGAUCAAUUCGAACUCGUCAGACCUACCAGCAUACAGUGCAUGGUGUUCGGCGCCCUGAUCAUGAUGCUGAUCUCCUUCAUCUUCAUACCGAAUGUGCUCUGCUGUUUGUGGGUGGCGUUCUGCAUCGUGUCGAUAGAACUCGGAGUUGCCGGUUACAUGGCGUUGUGGGACGUGAACCUCGACAGUAUAUCGAUGAUAAACUUGAUAAUGUGCAUAGGUUUCAGCGUCGACUUCACCGCGCACAUUUGCUACGCUUACAUGAGUUCCAAGAAGAAACACCCGAACGACCGCGUCAAGGAAUGCCUCUACAGUCUGGGUCUCCCCAUAGUCCAAGGUGCGGCAUCGACGAUCCUCGGACUGGGCGCUCUCCUUUUGGCGAACACUUACAUAUUCUUGGUAUUCUUCAAGAUGGUUUUUCUCGUUAUAUUCAUCGGCGCUAUGCACGGUCUAUUCCUGCUGCCCGUUCUCCUCUCCAUAUUCGGUCCCGGUUCGUGUUCGUCGCACGAACUCGAGGUAUCGGAUAAAAAGCCGGACCCUCGCGAUCCGAACGCCAAAUCGAAUCGCGCCUACGUGAUUCCGCAUCCGUCGCUUCUCUACGCGCCCGGUCCGCGAAAGUCCGUUCAAACGAACGGCAGCCCGGCGACGAGUCUGGCGAAUUUCGACGAACGAGAUCCCGGCCUCGGGACCAGCGAGGACAGCAAUUCCACCGAGAGUGGAUCCUCCCAGAGCCGGAGACGCCAGCAGCAGCAGCAACAUCAGCAGCAACAGCAGCAGCAGCAAAAACUAAGCGAACCAGACAACGACCUUCAGCGGCGUUAUUACGGCUGGAGAAUGUCCGUUCAGACUCCUAAGACCGUCCAACCGAUGCCUCUGGCCGUGGCACCGCCUCCGGAUUAUCCGGGCGCCACCCUCGACCGACCCUUCAGGGCUUCCAACGACAAAUUGUACCGCCCCACGGAUCAUCCGAUCGCUCCGAAUGCCCACAGAGACUACAGAAGAAGCAGGUCACUGUCGCACCAUAACCUCCAAUAUCCGCCGACGAGGUACCAAUCGGAUCCCCGGUAUCCUUGACGCGGAUCUUUCGAGGUAUUCGAAAUUAUCUCGACACGAGUAUCGCGAUGGAAUCGAUGGAAUUGACGAUCGAUCGACUUCACCGUUGUGUGCUUGCAAAUGAGUAACAGUGCUCGUUAAUUGUAUAUCGUUUAUUGGUCGUUCGCGCGUUGAUAAUUUUUAGAUAGUUUCCAUGAAUUUCCGCUAGGUUAUUCUCCAGUUCAUCGUCGUUAUCACCGUAAUCAUUGUCAUUGUUAUUAUCGUCAUUACAUUCAUCGAAUUUACCUUCACCGAAGUGCCUACUCGAUCAGCAGACUGUAUCAACUCUAGAUAUUACUCGUCAGAUUUCUCGUUGUUUUUUUUUUGUUUUAUUUGUUUUUUUUUCUAAUCACAAACAAUUUAGAGUUAACGUACACGAUUCACAUUUUGUACUACCUUAUGAUUGUUAUUCGUUGUUUUUUUUUUUUUUGAGCCGAAUAUCUAUAGGAUAUUCCUGCAUAACUUUAGUUUAGAAAUAUAGUGUGAUUGUGUAUUUAUGAAUGCGUAUGGAAUGUUCUGAUCGCGGUGAACGGAUGGUCCAGCGAAGGUAGACAAAGAUAAACGCUUCUCAUUGGCUCCCGACUCACCGCGAUCGGAUGAUUGAAUAAACAAAAUAAUUUAAACAAUGUA